AUAUCGCAAAGCUGUCUUCAAAAGUGGCGGGAACCCUACUCCUCUUCCGCGUCUGCCAUUCCACUUCCAUUUUCUGAGUUCACUCUCUUCCACAAAAACCAGAGCCAUGAACAAGGGCAGCGGUCGGAAAAUUCGACCACCGCCUCAGAACCCUUCGCCGGCUCCACCGGCCAAGCACCAGGCACUGUCUCAAGAAGAAGAUUUUGUCGAUGAAGAUGUUUUCCUCGACGAGAAUCUUCUCGACGAGGACGCUCUCAUCCUCCGCGACAUUGAGGAGCGUCAGGCCCUCGCUUCUCGUCUCUCUAAAUGGACUCGUCCACCUCUUUCCCAGGAGUACGUCUCCCAGUCGAAGAGCAUUGUGUUUCAGCAAUUGGAAAUUGAUUAUGUGAUUGGGGAAAGUCACAGAGAAUUGUUGCCGAAUUUGUCUGGCCCUGCCGCUAUUCUAAGAAUUUUCGGGGUUACGAGGGAAGGACAUAGUGUUUGCUGCCAUGUUCAUGGAUUUGAACCAUACUUCUAUAUCAGUUGCCCUCCAGGAAUGGGUCCUGAUGAUAUCUCUCUUUUUCACCAAACACUUGAGACUAGAAUGAAGGAGAUGAAUAGGAACAGUAAGGCACCUAGUUUCGUGCGCCGUAUUGAAUUGGUGCAAAAGCGAAGUAUUAUGUACUACCAGCAGCAAACUUCUCAAUCCUUUCUUAAAAUUGUUGUUGCACUGCCAACAAUGGUCGCCAGCUGCCGUGGUAUUCUUGACAGGGGCAUACAAAUCGAUGGCUUUGGUAUGAAGAGCUUCAUGACAUAUGAAAGCAAUGUGCUAUUUGCCCUCCGUUUUAUGAUUGAUUGUAAUGUUGUGGGUGGAAACUGGAUUGAGGUUCCUGUGGGAAAAUAUAAGAAAACUGUUAGAAAUUUAUCAUAUUGCCAAUUGGAGUUUGAUUGCCUAUAUUCAGACUUGAUCAGCCAUGCCCCCGAAGGGGAAUUUUCUAAAAUGGCUCCAUUUCGGAUCUUGAGUUUUGAUAUUGAGUGUGCAGGGCGUAAAGGCCAUUUUCCUGAGCCUACCAAGGAUCCUGUAAUUCAGGUGGCAAACCUAGUUACUUUGCAGGGAGAGGACCAACCAUUUAUUCGCAAUGUCAUGACCCUUAACUCUUGCUCUCCUAUUGCGGGCGUUGAUGUCUUAUCAUUUGAUACAGAACGUGAAGUUUUGCUGGCUUGGAGGGAUCUAAUUCGUGAAGUAGACCCUGAUAUAAUAAUUGGAUAUAACAUCUGCAAAUUUGAUUUGCCAUAUCUAAUAGAGAGAGCUGAGGCACUGAAAAUAGCAGAAUUUCCAAUAUUGGGUCGGAUCAGGAAUAGCAAAGUUCGUGUUAAAGAUACAACUUUUUCUUCAAGACAGCUUGGAACAAGGGAGAGUAAAGAAAUAACGGUGGAAGGAAGAGUCCAAUUUGAUUUACUUCAGGCAAUGCAACGAGAUUAUAAAUUAAGUUCAUACUCGUUGAAUUCUGUUUCUUCACAUUUCCUUUCUGAACAGAAAGAGGAUGUCCACCAUUCAAUAAUAUCAGAUCUUCAAAAUGGUAAUGCAGAAACACGUAGACGGCUGGCUGUUUAUUGUUUAAAGGAUGCAUAUCUUCCACAACGGCUUUUAGAUAAACUGAUGUUCAUUUACAAUUAUGUGGAGAUGGCUCGAGUAACUGGUGUUCCUAUUUCGUUUCUUCUUUCAAGAGGGCAAAGCAUCAAGGUGCUCUCUCAACUCCUUAGGAAGGCAAAACAAAAGAACCUCGUUAUUCCGAAUGCUAAACAGGCAGGAUCUGAUCAAGGAACCUAUGAGGGUGCUACUGUUUUGGAAGCAAGGGCUGGGUUCUAUGAGAAGCCCAUUGCCACGCUGGAUUUUGCAUCUCUGUAUCCAUCCAUCAUGAUGGCAUAUAAUUUAUGUUAUUGCACUCUGGUGACUCCAGAAGACGUUCGCAAGCUAAAUCUGCCCCCUGAACAUUUCAAUAAAACCCCCUCUGGUGAGAUAUUUGUCAAGCCAAAUCUACAGAAGGGGAUACUUCCUGAAAUAUUAGAGGAAUUAUUGACCGCUCGGAAAAGAGCAAAAGCAGAUUUGAAGGAGGCAAAGGAUCCUUUUGAGAAGGCUGUGUUGGAUGGUCGACAGCUAGCUCUGAAGAUAAGUGCAAAUUCUGUGUAUGGGUUUACAGGAGCUACUGUUGGUCAGUUACCGUGUCUAGAGAUAUCUUCAAGUGUUACAAGCUAUGGCCGACAAAUGAUUGAGCACACAAAGAAACUUGUGGAAGAUAAAUUUACAACUCUUGGGGGCUACGAGCACAAUGCUGAGGUAAUCUAUGGUGAUACAGAUUCAGUAAUGGUACAAUUUGGUGUGCCCAGUGUAGAAGCAGCGAUGAUCUUGGGAAGGGAAGCAGCUGAUUAUAUCAGUGGUACUUUCACAAAACCCAUCAAGUUAGAGUUUGAGAAAGUUUAUUACCCAUAUCUGUUGAUUAGUAAGAAGAGAUACGCUGGUUUAUUUUGGACUAAUCCAAACAAGUUUGACAAGAUGGAUACCAAAGGCAUUGAGACAGUUCGAAGAGAUAAUUGUUUAUUGGUGAAAAACCUUGUAAAUGAGUGCUUGCACAGAAUUCUUAUUGAUAGAGAUGUCCCUGGGGCAGUUCAAUAUGUGAAGAACACGAUUUCAGAUCUACUUAUGAACCGUGUGGAUUUAUCUCUCUUGGUUAUCACUAAGGGACUGACAAAAACUGGAGAUGAUUAUGAAGUGAAGGCAGCUCAUGUUGAACUUGCUGAGCGCAUGCGCAAGCGAGAUGCUGCCACUGCUCCAAAUGUUGGUGAUCGAGUACCUUACGUGAUCAUUAAAGCUGCAAAAGGUGCCAAGGCAUAUGAGAAAUCAGAGGAUCCCAUUUACGUACUAGAGAAUAGCAUACCAAUAGACCCUCAGUACUAUCUCGAGAAUCAGAUGAGCAAGCCUCUUCUACGAAUUUUUGAGCCCAUCCUGAAAAAUGCUAGCAAGGAACUUCUACAUGGAAGUCACACGAGAUCAAUUUUUAUUUCUACUCCUUCAAACAGUGGCAUAAUGAAAUUUGCCAAGAAACAGCUUACCUGCAUUGGCUGUAAGGCUCUGCUAAGCAAGGCAGACCAUACUCUCUGCGCACACUGCAAAGGAAGAGAAGCUGAACUUUACUGCAAAGCGGUAGAAAAUGUGUCUGAUUUGGAGAUGGUUUUUGGAAGGCUUUGGACGCAGUGCCAAGAAUGCCAAGGGUCCCUUCACCAAGAUGUUCUCUGUACGAGUCGAGACUGUCCAAUAUUUUAUCGAAGAAAGAAGGCACAAAAAGACAUGGCUGAAGCUAAACAGCUUUUGGAACGUUGGAAUUUCUAAUACCGUUGAAAGGUUUUGUUUUGCUGUUUUUACCACCAUCAAGUUCAUGAUUUUGAUAUUGACUGGAAAUUUAAUCUUGUUGCUAGAAGCCUCCUUCCUCCUGUAAAUUAUAAUUAUUAUAAUUACUAUGCAUUUGAAGGCAAUAUAUGGUUUUACAUCAUUUGUACAUUAA